AUGAGUGAAUUGUGGACUUCGAGCGACGGAUCCACCUUUAUUGACACCAUUCAAAAUGGCUCCAAUCCCUCCCUACCAGCCAGGGAGCGCAAUCGUGCACAGGCUAAGCAGAAAGUUGCAGAAUCUUGGCACAGUCGUAGAUUGGAAUGUAAGGGUGUUUUGGGAAAUACGGGCGCUGCAGGUCCACGUUUAACUACUGCCGCAUCCUUCUCUUAUUCCACGCAAUCGGAAAGUCACAAACCCCCGGAAGUCCAAAAUCCCUCUGUUUGCCAAGUUUUGUGCAAAGCAUGGGAUCAAGCGUUUGCGGACUUUGUCAAGCCAAAAAAGAAAAAACGCCUCCAUCGGAACAAUUCCAUAUUUCCAUCGGUGAUUUCCAUUCUGCAAGCCAACGCCUUAGUCAAGCAAGUUGAGCAUCUUCAAAACAAUACAGAUAGUCAAUCAAUGGAAACAGAGGUUUUGAAGGUACUACCUACAGGCUAUGAUUGGAAUCAGGCCGUCAUGCAGAUGGCACAGCAGCGUUCGCGAUGCUUUUGGCUGGUGGACUUGUCCUCGCUCGUACACCGCCUGGCUUCCUGGAAACGCACAUUCCGUGACGUGGUAUUCCUGUAUCAAGUACGCCACAACGCGAAUGCCAAGCUUCUGCAAAUUCUGCACCGUAGCGGGGCAGUGGGCCUUGUGACUACUACCAAAGCGGACAUCCAAGCCUGCUUGGCUGCCGAACGUUUUCUCGACCCGCGAUGCAGUAGGAUGCCUUGCUGGGAUAAUUGUGGUGUGACAUGCAAGCCUAACGGAUAUAUUCGUAAACUAGUAUGCGAUGCGCACUCGAGAGUGUUGGCAGUGGACGGUCCGGACGAUGUGCGACGUUUUGCUACUUUGAUCAAUAAUUUCGUGGCACGAAAGUCUGUCAUAGAUUUGCCGGUAUUGCAAUACAUGAUACGAUUGCCCCAGAAUCUGGCCGAAUGGAAGCAGCUGACCGAGGAUACCCUGCAAGCUGUUUCGGAAGGAAGUACAGAAUCGCAGGUGGUCGGUGUUAGCUUUGAUCUGAGUGCUGCAUCUGGAGAGGAGAACUCAAGGAUUCGGCAGUUGGCUGUAGAAGAGUUGCUUGACUUUCUUUCCAGCCAAGAGACUGUCACGGCAGAAAAGCUACGGGUCGACUUGACAGGUGUCCCAUUGGAAGACGGCUCUUUUGCAGCAGAAACAGUGUCUUUGUGGCAGUAUCUGCAAAGUAUGCCCAAUGUGGACAAAGUGACUGUGGAUGCGACCCAUUUGCUUGUGUCACCUGCAGCAUCCUUGUGCACGCGCAUUAUUGGCUUUCGGCAGACCGAGACCAAAUCUAAUGAGAUUCGGAAUCACUAUUACAUUGACGACGGAUGCUACGGAUCCUUGUACCAAGGCGCGGAGGAAGGAAGCUUUUGUCCUUUGCCGCUCAUAUCGUCCCGUCCUUCGGUAAAUUCAAAUGACACUAGUGGCGCGGCUGAUUUUGCUGAAGAAACUUCCGUGCAGUUGUCGACGGUAUGGGGGCCAACUUGUGAUGGACUUGACAAAGUUUGUACUGAUAUUCCCUUACCGCUUCUUCACCGUGACGACUGGCUCGUAUUUCCUAAUAUCAAAAGUGUUGGGGGCUUGUGCACUGCCUUUAAUGGCUUUGAUCCGCCGGAUACAGCUUAUUGUGUACUAAAUUAUUUUCAAUCAUAA